UGAGGCUGUGGCCGCGCAGUCACCUGACAUAUUCAGCCUGACGCGCACUUUUGCGUCACCCCGUGAACAGACACCUUAGUCUUCAUCUCUUUCUCGCAAGUCAUAAGCCAUCGUGACAUCUCGCUUCUUCCUUCCAUUGAUCUUGCCAUCAAUUAAUUAAUCGCAACGGAAUUGGUGCUCAUCCUGGGGUUCGGCAACAUGGUCUUUACCGACAUUUGGACUUGCUCUGAAACUGCAGGUGGUUGUGGGGCAGAAAAUCCGGACUGGCAUUCAUUCUGUCCGGUGUGUGGCACAUAUCCAGGCAAUCUUCAAACCCCCCAUCCGACAGCCCAGGUCCCAGUGAACACCUUCGAAGAACAGCAGUCUCGUGAGCACACUAAACCUUCAGUGGAGCAGCCUAUUUUAGCCAAUGCAGAGCGGACCAUCUUGGCCAGAACCACUGCAGCUCCUGCUCCUAGAGAGGAUCCGACUCAACUUCAACAGCGAAACAGGCCGUCGUCCGAUGUUGACGCGACGGUUCCAGUCUGUGAUAUGGCUGUAUCUCGGGAUAGCCUGGUCAUAACAUCGCCCACUACGAAUGUUGUUGAAGGUUUUGACCAUCAAAUUUCAGGAAGUGCGUUGACGGAAGAACAUGAACCCCUACCUAGGUCCACUCAAAACGAGUCGAGGGGUAUAGGGUAUGAGUGGGACCAGAAAUCGAAAGUAUCGGACACAUCAGACUCUAUAUUCUCCAUAGAAUCCUCGGAGACGUCGGCAACAGCAAUCUCUAUGGACAGUGGAUUUACCGUCGCUCAGAUCCAGAACGCCACAAAAGCUUUCAUCUCCAUCCUAGUGGACGAUGAUAUAUUGGCGCCUUUGUAUGAGAAUGCUCGUAACGAUAUCAAGAUUGGGCCAAAGAGAUUGCGAAGGCAUAUCCGUGAGGCUGUCAAAAUAUAUGCCGAAAAUCUCGAAGAAGAAGCCGGCGACCGUCUCGAGUUUGCGGCUUGCCGUCUCGUUCAAACAAAGGCGGGCCAUGCUGCUCGAUAUAUCGCCAGCGGAUGGGAUGGGUACAACCAACCAGAAGAAUCUGUCAAUGAUCGCAGCCGAGUACCCGGGAAUCUAGAAGAUAGCUCAGAAGAAGAAAGUGUCGAACGACCUGUACGCGAGACCCAAUUUCGAGACCUGGAGGCCUUUCGUCGGUUCCUGACGGAGAGCAAUGCCUAUACGAUACUGCGAGCGCAAAUACAAGCUUUCUGUACGAAAACCCCGACCGCACUACUGAGUGUGCGUCCAAUUGGUGAGCUGAAGUUGCCAACGGACGCGACGAGCCAUUCGCAAGUUCUGCAAUACGUGCAGUAUCCUUACGAAGAGAGUUCGUCGAACCGAUACUACCAUAAGGGCAGGGAAGUGGGGUUGAUACCUGCCACCGAAAACAGCACGAAGCUCACAUGGCGUGUAUGGCAGAAAGAUGCACAGAACUUGGUGAAUGGCCUCCACCUAGGUUUCGACUGGGCUUUCAUGGUCAAAGCUGCUCUUUUGUCCCUGAUAGACAUUGUCUUUCUAUUGACUGACGACUUUCUUAUUGCGACAGGACAUUUGGAAUCUCCACUGGAAGUAGGCUGGACUCGGAUAAGAACUGAAUGUAGCUGUGGCGAUCGAUUUUUCGACGAUUACAAGGGGCUAACGAUGGGUGGUAUGGGGACAUUGGUACAAGAGAUGAAGCAGCCUUCAGUCAAUGCCAAGAUCAAGGUCAUUCCCUAUCGCACGGGAAUCAAGACACAGCAAUACACGGCUCGACUUUCGAUGUGGUUGCGUCGUAUCGGUAGCAGUCUUUCGGCAGCAUUCUCGUGGCACGACCGGACCCCUAUAGAUCUGCCGCACUUCAACGUUGGUGAAACAGCUUCUGUGACGAGUACCACUACUAUAGGCAGCUCAAAGCAACAUCGAGAUCCAAUUCAUCUGAUGACUUGCCUGGAUCGUGGUCACAACGGACCCGUACUACUUCAAAUUGACGUUCGCGCCAUCACGAACGACCAAGCACUCUUUAGCCUUCUCAGACACCAGAUAGCUCGAAGUCGUAAUCGUUUGCUUCGUGCUUUAUCCUGCCGUUGCAUACAGGGGAUAUACUUCCGCAAAUUUUGUCUAUACAGCCGUAGUCACGUCGAUAUGCGUGACCACGACGAGUCUUGUCUUCCUGCAACGUCAACAGCGAGUCACUGCGAGUGCUUACAUCCAGUACACAUAGUUGAGCCUUUUCCCAACGCAGAGUACCGCUGCGACAUCCCUUGCCCUCCGGAUACCUGGCCACCUGUCGGUUCGAGCAGAUUGGUUCACAUGCUAAAAUGCCCAUCUACCAUCAACGAGAAAUGUACCCGAGUCCUGUACCAAGUACCCAAACGUGUCACAGGAGAGCUAUCGGAAUGUGAUGACCAGCCAGCUGACGGAUGGGGUUUUUACUUCAAAGACGGCUGGGAUUUCGAUACAAUAAUCACGAUCAGCUUUGUCAUCCUCAUGUUAGCGAGUCUACUUUUUGGAGUUUGUUGGUCUGUGCUAAAGAAGGACAUACAGGCCGCAUUUGGGGUGAGUGCAUAUAUGGUAACUGUUUGUGGUUUGUUCGUCGCUUUGAUUGUGGGUAAGACAGGGAAAGCAGGGUGAGAGGAUGGUAGUGUCAUCGGCAUUGAACUCAUUUCCCGAGUUUGACUGAUCUCUAAGUCUAUGAGUUGAUUAAUCUUCACGAGAUUUGGCACAGUCAGCCUUCACUCAUACAAAACCUCCAUAUUUAGAAUUAGAAUUCCAUUGCA